CAGUGAGCGCUUCCGUGUUGUUCAUUGCAUGAACUGGUAGAGCGUUAGAAUGUAUUACUCAAAAUGUAGCAUAUUUCAGAAGCCACUCAGAAAAACGCGGUUUAUACAAUGCAUGUAUGUUGUUGGAUUUAUGGACCUGUUUGGUGUCAGUAUGAUUAUCCCUCUGCUCAGCCACCAUGUAAAGUCGCUGGGAGCCAGUCCCACGGUAGCAGGGAUUGUAGGUUCUACUUAUGGUGUCUUACAGCUGUUUUCCAGUACAGUUGUUGGCAGCUGGAGUGAUGUGGUUGGCAGGCGGUACUCCCUGCUCACCUGCCUGUUGUUGAGUGCUCUGGGAUACGCCCUUCUGGGCCUGUCCACAAGUAUCACCCUGUUUGUGGUGGCCAGGAUACCUGUGGGGCUCUUUAAGCACUCUCUGUCCAUUUGCCGGGCCCUGCUCUCUGACCUGGUGACAGAGACGGAGCGCCCCCUGGUGAUGGGGCACUUAAACGCGGCCUCCAGCGUGGGCUUCAUCCUGGGGCCAGUGGUGGGAGGGUACCUCACCGAGCACGAGGGCGGGUUCUAUACCUCCUCUUUCAUCUGUGCCUCCAUCUUCCUCCUCAAUGCAGGGCUGGUCUGGAUGCUGCCCUGGAGCGACUCCCAGAACCGCACGGACGCUAACGCCAACAGCAGCUCCAAAGCCCACCAGCAGAGGGCCAAGCAGAACGGCUCCGACGGGACCAAUCACGCGAGCAGGGCGGAGCCGGAGGCGGGCCGGCGGGAGGCGUCCCCGCUGCAGCCGGCCUGGAGGCAGCUGUCGUCGGUGCUGCUGCGGAUCCGGGCGGUGGCCUCGUCGGACAUGUGGGACGUGUUCCUGGUGCGCCUCCUGAUGGCCGUGGCCAUCAUGCUCUACUACAGCAACUUCUCGCUGGCGCUGGAGGAGCGCUUCGCCCUCAAGCCCAAGGUGACGGGCUACCUGAUCAGCUACAGCAGCACGCUGGGGGCCCUGGCCGGGUGCCUGGUGGGGCCCGUCACCCAGCUGUACCGCAACGACAUGUCGGCCCUGCUGCUGCACUCCACCGUGCUCACCUGCUCGCUCAUCUUCCUGUACGCCACGGCGGCCAGCGUCUGGCAGGUGCUGCUCACCUCCACCUUCUUCGCCAUCUCCACCACCAUCGGCCGCACCUGCAUCACGGACCUGGAGCUGCGGCGGGGCGGCGCGCAGGCCAGCGGCACGCUCAUCGGCGCGGGCCAGUCGGUCACCGCCGUCGGCCGCGUGCUGGCCCCGCUGCUCUCCGGCCUGGCCCAGGAGGUCAGCCCCUGCGGGCCGCCCAGCCUGGGCGUGGUCCUGGCGCUGGCGGCCGUCCUGCUGCUGCUCGUCCGCAUGCCCCGGUGGGACGGCAAGGGGAGGGCCAAAAACCCCUAACUCUGAGGGGGAGGGGCGGUGUCGCCCUCGGCAGUCUUUUGAAAGUCAGUUUUCGUUUUCAACCGGUGUGCCUCGACAGUCGUCACGGAGACGGAGCCUGCUGUCGCGUCUCGAGCCUCCAGCAGGAUUACUGUGCGGACGGCGACCAUCACCAGCAUUGCUAUCCCAGCAUCCCCUUUCCAAGGGCGGUAUGAGGUGGCAAACACUAAACCUGAGCACAGUGUCUCUGAGUGAACCCUGAACACCAGGUCCAAUAGUCUUUGUUUGUGAAGAAUUUAUGUGUUUACGUGUAGGAGCGAAUUGUGCAGAAAGAGUGCAAGGACCUGAUGCAGAAUGACCAAAAUCGCAGGGUGGGCUUCCACACCCCUGCUUCAUGAGCUUGUAGGACACUUCAGCCCAUUUAACAAGAGGGUUUACCGAUCCUCCUUCAGUUAUCACUCAAUCAGGGAUGCUGCUGCUCCACCAGUCUAACAAGUUUUUAAAAUGUUUCACGAUUUGUGUAGCCUGGCAGAACAUUUUGUUGUGGAUCAAAAACCACUAACUCUCCUUCUGUUUUGUCUUUAGUCUGCCGCUGAAGGAGACCAGGUCAAGUUCCAUGCAUUUGUAGAAUUCCUGUGUAAUUAAGCUUGUUUACCAGUCAUCCCACGAGCACCUUGUUUUAGCCCUGUUUUUCUGUCGUGGGGUGGGGCAGGGCCGGACCGGGCUGGUUCACUCUUUCGCAGAGCUGGGGUCAGUAUUAAUUUUAACGGUACAUGCAUAGUGUUUUAAAUGUCUUUCUUGGGUUUCGUUUUGAUCUUACAUUCUAAUUUUUCUGGGCUCAUUGGUAAAUAAUUUUCUAAUUAUUUAUGUGUAUUUUAUAUAAAGACAUGCUGAAUCUGCAAAUUUAAUCGAAGAUUAUAUUCUAGGUAUUUAAAAGCAGUGGGAGUUUCUCAAAAUGUAUUACUUUAAUGAAGUUAUAGUUAAGACAUGCCCGCCUGCAUUGACACUGAGUGAUAUUUAAAAUCCUAGUCCCAGACUGUUUUAAUUUGAUCGGUUGACUUCCUGGCUCAAUAGGCAUUCACAUUGAAUACAACUGCUGUUUUUUCACUUGUGCCACAAUAGUAAAUAUUACUGUGUGAAUGAAAUGUAGUUGUGAGCUUAUAGACAUUACAGCAGUAUAUCUGCAUAAAUACGGAAGACAGAGCACUUGAGUUGUCGGUAGGCGACACGUAGAGCCAAUGCUCAAAAAUACUCCCUUAAAUAUAAUAAUAUAAUAUAAUAAUCUAAAUGUCCAUCCAAGCAACUGUACUGUAUCAAGGAUUAGUUUAAUUGGUCACUGUAGCUAGUUGGUGUAGCUACUACUACAGAGCAAUUGUAUUUGUCUGAUAAGGCAGGAAGCAUGUCUCUUGCUGCUGUUCUUCCACUGCAGCUGGAAAUUGGUAGAUUUCUUUUUCAACUGGGGAAAAAAAAAAUAAUCCAGUGUGAAUAUUUAUGGUGAAAUAUGAAGGAAUAAAGAAAAUGUGAGGUUUUCCAAAAGU